AUGGCUUGCAGUAAGCUGUGUGACAGAUUCUUUAAGCUAUGCACGCUGAAAAAGCCAACUAAACUAGGAGACAGAAGCCCUAACCAUCGAAAUGCUGUUAUAGAGUUUGACCUUCAUUAUCAGCUGCAUGUCAUUAUUGCUUCUAAACUGCAUAGAAGUAUCUUAAUAAUUACAUGUCGAAGGUUUCAGGAAAUUGGAGAAUGCCAUUUUAUAUCUUUUGGAGACUUUACUGGCUGGAAUGAAAGCUGCGGCAAGGGCGGUGCUGCCACGCCCUGCGACUCACGCGCGGCGGCAGUACGUGCGCUGCGCUCUGAUUGGCUCUCCGCCCGGAAGAGGAGCUGGUAUCUGCCGCCGCGCAGCGACCGCCGAGGACAUGGAGGCGGCGGUGAGGCGCGAGCAGCGGCGGCAGCAGCAGCGGGGUGCGGCGGAGGCGGAUGGCGGCCGGGCGCUGUCGCUGUCGGGGCAGUCCUACUGGCUGGACCUGUGGCUCUUCGUCCUCUUCGACUUCGCGCUCUUCGUGGUCAUCUACCUGCUUCCCUGAGGGCGCCGGGCCCAGAGCCACUAUCUAAUCACCAGAUGCACCUUAUGAAAACAAGCAGUGGAAGAGGAGGACCAUUUGUGCAGUAUAAACGCUGGGACUUCACUUGCAUGUGAAUGCAAGAGGCAUAUAUAUAUAUACACACUAUAUCACAUCUCUGGCUGUAUCACAAGUAUUACUGUUCAGGUUUUUCCCUUUAUCCUGUUUUUGUGUUCUAAACUGUGCCUUAAAGGUCACAGAAGACAGCUUGACUGUGCUUUUGUAAUUAGUGCCUAAAGAUUUGUUAAGCAGAAAUGAAAGUAUGUAUUGUUUGAAUAAAAUCAACUGAAAGGACAGACUGUAAAGUGGCUGAGAAUAAAAUCCAGCUCUUAUGUAGUCUGAAGUUGUAACUCGGACCUUUUCCCUCAAUAGAUGAGGCUUACCCAGCUGUCUUACUUUCAAAAACUUAAUCACAAGGGUUUUAUGCUGUUUGGUUUUCUGUUACACCUUUCUUUAUACCACAGCAUGUGUGAGAUUCUAGCUUCAGCAGUUACUGUGCCUUCUGAAACGUAACUGUUUAAAAGCAGUAGCAGCCUACUGUCCUUGCAUACCAAUUUAGGUAAAACAGGGUCCAGUUUUCUUGCUAUAAAUAGUGAAGGAGCCAGCUUACAAGAACAGCUUUCUUGGCUUCUCUUCCAUGGAUGAUUGUAAGUAGACACUAACAGGUAAGUAAUAGGUUUCAACUUCUAUGUGCCACAUCAAAAUUUCCUGUGUCUCACUACAGCAAGACUUUCAAAACAGUGUUAAAUGAAGGAGUCUCUUGCAUUCUCAGGAGAAAGAAAAGGAAGCCAAGUACAUGGAGUAGGCUUUUUACCUGAUAAGGUUUUGGGGAAGAUAGUCUUCAACUAUGGAUGAAGGGGGUUCCGUCGUCUUGAGUAUUUUUCCCUUGUGAAUAUCAGUUUCUGAGAAGUACAAUUCAUGGUUGUUAGGGUUUUUUGGGGGGAAUAAAUAUAAUAAAAUAACUAUAUUUCAGAGACUUUGAAGUGUAGAGUAUUUCAGUGUCUUCUAACCCAUUAAAUGAAAACAGGCUACUAUCAGGUUAAACAGGAUUUGAAGUGCAAAAGUGGGCCUGUACUCUCUUUCCCUUUAUUUAACAAUGAAAGAAAAAGACAACUUUUCUAUUGACAGUGGCUUUCUUAUGUAUCAGACCUAUGCUUUAGAACUGAGAUGCCUUUAUCUGCUAGCACUUAUGAUCUUGGCUGCUGGUACCUACAAAAUGAGUCAAGAACUCUGAAACUGCUGACUUAUGUAGAAGAGUGCUGAACUGUGAUUCCAUUCUCACAAAUAGAAAAAUGGGUUUUUCAGUUUUUCAAAUGAAGCUGUUAAAGAGACAAGUUCACUAUUUUUAUUAUUUUUUUUUAAAUUUUAUUUUUUUAUCCCCCGCCCUGAUUUCAGCAGGGAAAUCUCAAGGGAACAACCUAUUAGGGAAGUAUUGUAAUGUUGCUCUGUUUCUUUUCUGAUAAGGAAGACAAUGUGUGGAA